UACCUUGCGUACGAAGGCAAGACGUGAGGCACUCAUCUUGCAAACGAGCAGCUCACAGCAGGGGCGUAAUACAAAUAAUGCAUUCACUGUCAAUUGAAAUCGAAAAUCUCCUCAAGUCUCCGUCAUUCAGAGCCUAGCCUGACAGCGGCUUAACAGAUUUAUACUUGCCAGCCUGCACGCUAUGACCUAUAUCAUCUACGCGGAGCCAACGAAUGCGUGCAUGCCGGUACAAUGUGACUCAUGCACCGGUAUGAAGUGGAGAGGCUGCGGCCGACACAUUGAUACUGUCAAGUCAGGCCUCGAGAAAGACGGCAAAGAGCUCUGCACUUGCCCCGGCACCUGGCCGGACUCGAGCAAGUCGACGGCCUGAGCGAAGCGCUCGGCGACCAGAC